AUGGGAGAAGAAGAAUGGUACUUUUUUAACCUUAGAGAUCGGAAAUAUCCAACUGGACUUCGCACAAACCGAGCAACAGAAGCAGGUUACUGGAAAACAACAGGCAAAGACAAGGAGAUUUUUCAGGGAGGAAUGGUUAUUGGCAUGAAAAAAACUUUGGUUUUCUAUAGAGGAAGAGCUUCUAAGGGUGAAAAAACCAACUGGAUUAUGCACGAAUAUAGACUAGAAACAAAUCUUGCCUUUAAACCUUCAAAGGAGGAAUGGGUAGUUUGUAGGGUAUUCCAGAAGAGUUCAACAACGAAGAAAGCACAGCCAACAUCAUCAUCCCAACAAUCCCUAGAGUCUCCUAAUUGUGACACUAAUUGCACAAUAUCAAAUGAGAUAAUUGGGGAUUUUGAAUUACCAAAUAUGAUUAGCAUUGCUAGUCCAUCAAAUUAUGGGAUUAACAACACUUAUUUACACAAUUACAACAAUGAGAACUACAUGAACAUGAAUUUUUCUGCAGCAACAAGAUCAGAAGGAGCAAGCAACAUUAAUAUUCCAUUUCUGCCUAAUUCGUCUAAUCUUUCAUCAUCAGUAAAUUCUAUCUUUGAAAAUGAUUUUACUUCAAAUCAUUCAGUCCAACAGCAACAGGCACAGGAGCAGUCAUACAAAUUGGACUACAAUAUUUGGUGA